AUGUUAUUGUUGUGUUGUGGUCGAAGCAGAGCCGCAGAGCAGACGGGACUACUGCUCCCGCUCUCUGCUCAGAGUGGCUCGUGUUUCGUCUGGACUGGCAGUGAUGAACCCAACAGGCUCAACAGCACCAACAAUCAGCCCGGUCCUGAGAGACAUCACGAGAAACGGACUGUGAACGGACACACAAUCUCCACUCAACCAUCAGCCCGGCUCCCGCGUACCUGCGCACUGACGACAGCGCCACAUCAGCCAGUGGUGAGUUCCAUCACUGCCAUUCCCGACGAUCAAAACACGAGCCCCUCCAGAGCAGAGAGAGGGAGCAGCUAG